AUGCCGCCGCUUGCCCAGCGGGAGGGCGGGGAGCCCAGGCCGCUGUCACUCCGGGCCUGGCGCGCGCUGCCUGGAGGAGGUGUGCGCGCCGUGUCUGCGCGGGGCUGCGGCGCGGCCGCCCCGGGCCGGGCUGUAGCGGGGCCGGGGCCGGAGUGCGCGCGGGCCAGGCCGGACAUGGAGGUGGUGGACGAGACGGAGGCGCUGCAGCGCUUCUUCGAAGGCCAUGACAUCAACGGCGCCCUGGAGCCCUCCAACAUAGACACCAGCAUCCUGGAGGAGUACAUCAGCAAGGAGGACGCCUCGGACCUCUGCUUCCCCGACAUCUCGGCUCCUGCCAGCACUGCCUCCUACCCCCACGGGCAGCCAGCCAUCCCCAGCUCUAGUGGGGUGCACCACCUGAGCCCCACUGCAGGUGGACCCUCCCCGGGGCGCCAUGGCCCCCUCCCACCCCCGAGCUACGGGACCCCUCUCAACUGUAACAACAACAAUGGCAUGGGUGCUGCUACGAAGCCAUUCCUGGGGGGCCCCGGGCCCCCGAUCAAGGCAGAGCCCAAGGCUUCCUAUGCUCCAGGCCCCCUGCCGGACUCGCCCCCAGACUCAGGCUCCGAGGCCUACUCCCCCCAGCAGGUGAAUGACCCCCACCUCCUGCGCACCCUCACCCCUGAGACCCUGUGCCAUGUGGGGGUGCCAUCCCGCCUGGAGCACCCACCACCCCCUCCAGGCCACCUGUCAGGCCCCCCGCCGCCCCCGCCACCCCCACCUCACUACCCCGUCCUGCAGCGGGACCUAUACAUGAAGGCCGAGCCCCCCAUCCCCCCGUACGCUGCCAUGGGGCCGGGGCUGGGGCCCCCCGAACUCCACCACAGCCAGCAGUCCCAGAUGCUGCAUCAGCUGUUACAGCAACACGGAGCUGAGCUCCCUACGCACCCCUCCAAGAAGAGGAAGCACUCUGAAUCACCCCCCAACACCCUCAAUGCCCAGAUGCUGAACGGAUUGAUCAAACAGGAGCCCGGGACCUUGACGGCCCUGCCCCCUCACCCUGCUCGAGCCCCAUCCCCACCCUGGCCUCCUCAGGGCCCGCUGUCCCCAGGCCCCAGCUCCUUGCCCCUCAGCAUCGCCCGGGUCCAGACACCACCUUGGCACCCUCCGGGCGCCCCCUCACCAGGACUCCUGCAGGACAAUGACAGCCUCAGUGGCUCCUACCUGGACCCCAACUAUCAGUCCAUCAAGUGGCAGCCGCACCAGCAGAACAAGUGGGCAACGCUCUAUGACGCCAGCUACAAAGAGCUGCCUAUGCUCACCUACCGCGUGGAUGCCGACAAGGGCUUCAACUUUUCUGUGGGCGACGACGCCUUCGUGUGUCAGAAGAAGAACCACUUCCAGGUCACGGUGUACAUCGGGAUGCUGGGAGAGCCCAAGUACGUCAAGACACCCGAGGGCCUCAAGCCCCUUGACUGCUUCUACCUGAAGCUUCACGGAGUGAAGCUGGAGGCCUUGAAUCAAUCCAUCAACAUCGAGCAGUCGCAGUCUGACCGGAGCAAGCGGCCCUUCAACCCCGUCACAGUCAACCUGCCCCCUGAGCAGGUCACCAAGGUGACUGUGGGGCGGCUACACUUCAGCGAGACAACUGCCAACAACAUGCGGAAGAAAGGCAAGCCCAACCCUGACCAGAGGUACUUCAUGCUGGUGGUGGCCCUCCAGGCCCACGCCCAGAACCAGAACUACACGCUGGCGGCCCAGAUAUCGGAGCGAAUCAUCGUGCGGGCCUCCAAUCCAGGCCAGUUUGAAAGCGACAGUGAUGUUUUGUGGCAGCGGUCCCAAGUGCCAGACACUGUCUUCCACCACGGCCGGGUGGGCAUCAACACAGACCGGCCAGAUGAGGCACUGGUCGUGCAUGGCAACGUCAAAGUCAUGGGCUCCCUUAUGCACCCCUCGGAUCUGCGGGCCAAGGAGCAAGUGCAGGAGGUGGACACCACGGAGCAGCUGAAGAGGAUCUCGCGCAUGCGGCUGGUGCACUACAGAUACAAGCCCGAGUUCGCCGCCAGUGCAGGCAUCGAGGCAGCGGCGCCCGAGACAGGUGUCAUCGCCCAGGAGGUGAAGGAGAUCCUGCCUGAGGCUGUGAAGGACACAGGGGACAUGGUCUUUGCCAACGGGAGUACCAUCGAGAACUUCCUAGUUGUGAACAAGGAGCGCAUCUUCAUGGAGAACGUGGGCGCCGUGAAGGAGCUGUGCAAGCUGACGGACAACCUAGAGACACGCAUCGACGAGCUGGAGCGCUGGAGCCACAAGCUGGCCAAACUGCGGCGCCUGGACAGCCUCAAGUCCUCCGGCAGCUCGGGGGCUUUCAGCCAUGCUGGAAGCCAGUUCAGCCGGGCAGGCAGCAUCCCCCACAAGAAGAGACCCCUCAAGGUGGCCAGCAAGUCGUCAUCCAUGGCCCCUGAGCAGGCUUGCAUCAGCCAGCGCUUCCUGCAGGGUACCAUCAUCGCACUGGUGCUGGUCAUGGCCUUCAGUGUGGUGUCCAUGUCCACACUGUAUGUGCUGAGCCUGCGCACGGAGGAGGAUCUGGUGGACACUGAUGGCUCUUUUGCUGUAUCCACUUCCUGUCUCCUGGCUCUGCUCCGGCCCCAGCACCCUGGGGGGAGCGAGGCCAUGUGCCCAUGGUCCAGCCAGGGCUUUGGGACCACGCAGCUCCGACAGUCCUCUGUGACCACUGGGCUACCCAGCACACGGGCUUCUUUGCUUCCAAUCUCCACUCGCCUGCCCAGCUCUGCCCCACACCCGGCCAUCCGCACCUUGGACCUGUGCCCCAGCCACCCUUGCCCAGUUGUCUGCUGUGCGUCCUCAUUCACUCCUAGCCCCACUGCUGUCCCCAGUCCCGUCUCCAGCCUGAGCCCUGGCCAUGACCUCAGCCCCAGUCCUACCACCAUUCGCUCAGGCCCCAGUCACAUGGCCUUGCUGCCGGUCACCAACAUCAGAGCCAAGUCCUGGGGCCUUUCGGCCAAUGGCAUUGGCCACUCCAAGCAUCCCAAGAGCCUGGAGCCAGUGGCCAGCCCCAUGGUCCCCUUUCCUGGGGGGCAAGGCAAAGCCAAGAACAGCCCCAACCUGGCUUUCCGUGGCCGGGUCCGUCGAGGAUCCCCCCAGUCCAGCCUGGGCCCUGCCCAGUCCACGCAGGCACAGAGCCAGCCAGCCCCUCUCUUUGCAGACCCAGUGCCCUCCCUGACCUCCAUCCAGGUGCUGGAGAAUUCCAUGCCCAUCACCCCCCAGUCCUGCAGUCCAGGGGACACGUGCAGGCCGGGGAACGUCACCUACCACGUCCCUGUCAGCAGUAGAACCCCACUGCACCUCAGCCUGACCCUGCAAAUGAACUCCUCCUCCCCCGUGUCCGUGGUCCUGUGCAGUCUGACAUCAGAGGAGCCCUGUGAAGAGGGGGGUUCCCCACAGAGCCUUCCCACCCACCAGGACACCCAGGGCACCUCCCACCAGUGGCCAAUAACCAUCCUGUCCUUCCGAGAGUUCACCUACCACUUCCGGGUAGCACUGCUGGGCCAGGCCAACUGCAGCGCGGAAGCCCCGGCCCAGCAGGCCGCUGACUAUUACUUCCGCUUCUACCGCCUAUGUGACUGA